AUGACACAGUCAAUAAUAAGGUCCACGAAUCCAAACGAUACUCAAUUAUCAUUUUCAAAAAUUCAGGCCUAUAUCGGAGUAUGGCUUGACAAUACUUGCAAACAAGAAACAUAUGAUUCUAUAAAAACGGCACUUCUUGACGUCUUUGAUUCGCUUAAAACAUAUACUGAGUUUUGGAAGUGCUUAACGUACAUUAAUAAAGAUCGACCAGGAAAAAUAAUCUUUAUUGUGUCGUACGAAAUUGGAAAAAAUCUAAUACCACUCAUAUUUCGCCAAGAUCCUUCACCAAUCGAAUAUAUCUAUGUUUACAGUAUUGAUGAAACACAGCAACAUAAUUGGGAUUUCCAGAAGCCGGAUAAACUACGCGACGGAUUUACUACGGUCCAUAGACUAAUUAAACAAAUCAUUAUUGACAUUAGAGAAUUCAAUGAGCGUGCAGAAACGAUAGCGCCUAAGAUCACACCAUCAACCUCUAUAACAACAACAUUCGAUGACGCUGGCGGUACAACAACAUCAAAUGAUGUCAUAACCAGUCGUCGUCAUGAUCACUGUCUGCCACCGCCAUCGUUUUUCAGUGAAAAUAUUCAGAACACUUCAAUAAAAGAUCUGAAUGCAGAUUCUGCUUGGUUCAUUCAAUUUCAGUUGCUAGUUGAAAUUUUAAUACGUAUGACAAACUCAGAACAAGCGAAAACAGAUAUUGUAUUCGUCUGUCGAGAACAUUAUAAAGAAGAUAAGUCACAACAAACUAAAAUAGAUCGUUUUGAAAAAGAAGCUGAUGAUCUUUCAAAAACUAUUUAUUGGUAUACACGUGAAUCUUUUAUCGUUCAUCUAUUAAACAAGGUGUGUGGUACUGAAGAUGCUGAUGAUCUCUAUAAGUUUCGAUUAUUUAUUAGGAAUUUACACUAUCGUAUUGUUGAAAUGAAUAACGAUAAUCUCACAGUUCAAUUAAAGAGGAAGGAAGUUGUAUUAUAUAGAGGAAAGCGUGUAGCUGCUAGCACUUUUGAAAAUUUCAGAAAUAGUAUCAACGGUCUCGUAGUAAUGAAAGGCUUUUUGUCAACAACGAUGGAUCCAAAGGUUGCUGAAUUCUUCGCCGGCGGUGAUGUAACGCAAAUGGGUUUUGUGAACGUUUUAUUCAAGUUAAAAAUUGAUAAUUGGGAAAAAUGCAAACCAGCGGCUGCCAUAGAUCCGGCUUAUAGUGCCAUGGAAGAUGAACAGGAAGUUUUAUUUUCUAUCGGAACUAUUUGGAGAAUACUUAACGUGAAUGAAUUAUCAGGUUCGUAA